AUGAUACCUAGUAGAAAACUAAAGUUCUUUUUUGCACUUUUCUUUGUCUGCAGCUUUCUUGCAUAAUGCCAAGGAUAGACCAAAAAGAAUAAUUCUGUACUAACCAAUGAUACAAUUGCCAGUAAUUCAACUGACUCUAGUAAUUCAACUAACUCUAGUAAUUCAACUGACUCUAGUAAUUCUACCGCUAUUACCAAUAACACUAAUAAUACCAAUAUUACGAAUACCGGAAACGGAACUGGAAUUAACAAUACUGCAAAUAAUAAUUCCGCUAUCAAUGCAACUAAUUCAACUGUAGCAUAGAUCGGACUGCUAGGUACAUCUUAUAAUGAAUGUGUGGCAUUUAUGAGUCUUGUUUAAUGCACCGAAUGCUUGACACUCAAUAAUGUGACUUUUACUGCCAAGUACCCUUAUGGGUAAAAUCAAGAUUACGAGGAAAUAUCCUGUCCGGAAUACACUCAAAUUACAUGUCCAGACGGAAUAAUGAGAAGUACUUGUAGCUGGAGAAGAUAUCUUUCUUUCAAAUGCAUUAGAGAGUUUAAUACAACCGGCACAAAAGCAUCCUUUGAAAUACGUACUAACUCUCUUCCUAAUUAUUGCUACUAACCAUCUCAAAAGUAGCCACUUGGUUCUUAGGAUGCUGUUAAUUACUAUGGCUUUAGUGGCAAGUUCAAUCCACCUCUCACUUACUAUAAUCCAUCUCUUGAGAUCGAAAUAAGGGAUGCUGGAAACAAACUUUCAAAAGUUAACUACUUUAAUUAGUAGAUUACUAAAUAGGUAGAUUAUGACAAUAAUCUUUGCAAUACUCAGUGGGCGAGAGAUUCUAUUCUAAGAGAGAACAAAUACAAAAGUAUUAAUUACAAUUCCUUUGUUGGAAGGUCCUUCAAAAAUUCCAGUGGAGUGCUCGUAAGAGUAGAGAACUCAACAUGGGGUCCGAGUUUGAAUUUCGCGUAGUAUCAGAAUCUUAAUUACUUAGAAUUGAAAAGCUCAAAUCAAGUUGUCGGUGUAGCCUUAAAUGGAGUAUUUAUUUUCUCAGGAAAUUCAAUCUACGGAUAUGAUGCUUUCUUUCCAAAAUAAUACGGUACUAAUUCAUUCCCUAAAAAGAUUGAAACAGAUCAGUGUCUCGGCACAACAUCUGAGUCAAAUACAUAUAGGUAUCAUAUGUUUUCACCUUGCAUCUUUGAGAUUGCUCUCAGAGACACCCCAUCAUUGUGUGUAAACUCCUCAUCUUGUUCUGCAGAUGUAAGGAAUCACUCCGUUUCACAUGUUCCUUCUUAAAAGAGAACUCAAACACCGAUUGGAAUUGCUAAGGACGGCAGAUUAAUAUAUGGACCUUACCGAAAAGACGGUAAGCUUUGGCAACCAUGUGAUGUCGAUAUUUGCAAUGGAGUCAUAUUCCAAGAUCUUAACUAUGGCUAUGUAGCAACAAUGUUCCACCCUUACACAGUAGGAUGCUAUGGUCCAGGGAAUGCACCACAGAACUUUUUAGCAUCUUGUUCUAGUAAUGCUAGAAAAUGUCUUGGUAAAAACUCCAUUUACUUGAGUAUAACUUACUCAUUGAUUGCAUUGCUAACUUUCGCUUCAGCCAUAUUUAUAUGA